UUCAAAAUUCAUUUCGAAGAUUCUCAUUCUCCAUUACAGAACAAAAAAAAAAAGCUUCAAAGCAUCAAAAUUUCACAUUCCUCUCUGUUUUUGGUUUUAGAUUCUCCUCCUUCAAUGGCUUCCAUGUCCACCGUCUUCCCCAAAUCAACCUCUUUCCUCUCUCAACCUCUCACCAAACCCCACAAAUCCGAUUCCAUAACCACAUCCAUUUCAUUCCCUUCGAGAAAUCGUAGCCUAAGAACCCUCCGUGUACGAGCUGGCUUAAUCGAGCCAGAUGGUGGGAAACUUGUAGAUCUUGUUGUAUCGGAGCCACGACGGCGAGAGAAGAAACACGAAGCGGCGGAUUUGCCGAAAGUGAGAUUGACGGUGAUUGAUUUGCAAUGGAUGCAUGUAUUGAGUGAAGGUUGGGCUAGUCCUCUUCGAGGGUUUAUGAGGGAAUCUGAGUUCCUCCAAACUCUUCAUUUCAAUUUGUUGAAUCUUGAUGAUGGAUCUGUUGUUAAUAUGUCUGUGCCUAUUGUUCUUGCGAUUGAUGAUCAACAAAAAGCCCUAAUUGGCGAAUCGAAACGUGUCUCUCUUGUUGAUUCUGAUGAUAAUCCAAUCGCUAUUCUCAAUGAUAUUGAGAUUUAUAAACAUCCGAAAGAGGAACGGAUAGCGAGAACUUGGGGUACGACUGCACCGGGUUUGCCUUAUGUAGAAGAGGCGAUAACUAAUGCUGGAGACUGGCUCAUUGGUGGUGAUCUUGAGGUUUUAGAACCUGUUAAGUACAAUGAUGGGCUUGAUCGCUUCAGGCUUUCGCCGUUUGAAUUGCAUAAGGAGCUAGAGAAGCGUGGCGCGGAUGCGGUCUUUGCGUUCCAGCUUAGGAACCCGGUUCAUAAUGGACAUGCUCUUCUUAUGACUGAUACUCGUAGGAGACUCCUUGAGAUGGGUUAUAAAAACCCAAUACUUCUGCUUCAUCCAUUGGGAGGGUUUACGAAAGCGGAUGAUGUUCCUUUAAGCUGGCGAAUGAAACAGCACGAGAAGGUGCUAGAGGACGGUGUUCUUGAUCCAGAGACGACUGUGGUUUCUAUAUUCCCAUCUCCAAUGCUCUAUGCUGGUCCAACCGAAGUGCAGUGGCACGCAAAGGCUAGGAUCAAUGCCGGUGCUAACUUCUACAUUGUGGGUAGGGAUCCAGCUGGAAUGGGUCAUCCUGUGGAGAAACGUGAUCUGUAUGAUGCUGAUCACGGGAAGAAAGUACUUAGCAUGGCUCCUGGACUCGAACGACUCAACAUUCUUCCUUUCAGGGUUGCUGCUUACGAUAAGACACAAGGCAAGAUGGCGUUCUUUGAUCCCUCAAGGGCUCAAGAUUUCUUGUUCAUUUCUGGCACUAAGAUGAGAGCAUUGGCAAAGAACAGAGAGAACCCUCCAGAUGGAUUCAUGUGCCCUGGAGGCUGGAAGGUGCUUGUGGAUUACUACGACAGUUUGACUGUAACCGGAAACACCAAACUCCCUGAAAAGAUUCCGGUUUAAGACCGAUAAAUCCAUUUAUUUGUU